AUGUCUGUGACUCUUUCAGAAAUCUACGCGAUACCUGACACAACACCUGACGAAACCAAGAAACGGAAACGCGCUAGCGACUCGACAUCGGAUAUUUAUGAUAGUAAUGGCAAGACUCGAAGAGUCAAUCCUUACAAGCUAGGAGAUCGUCUUGGUCCUGAUCUUGUGAGGGAAAUGGAGUUCUACAUCAAGCCUGGCGCUAUGAUGCCAGGUUUCGCGAUCCGAAAAGAACUCCAGGAGCGAUACCAGGUAGACAGGCGACACUUGUACGAUUAUUUUCAUUCAAGAGGUCUGCGCGUCGCGAAAGAGGAUCGACACAGUAAUCUUACCCGCAGCCGUCAAGCAAAAGCAAAAGCGGCGGCAGCCACCUCUGGGAAGGACGCUCCUGCUAUUACACCAUUGAAAAAGUCCGCCCAAAGAAAGGUGAAAGGAAAAGUAGUUCGGCCCGCUUUGGCAACAUCCUCUGUCAAGAUCGCCUCUAAUUCAGUAACCAGAGAGAAAGAGCGCAACGACGAAUUAUCUGAAGACUGCACAGUCUUUGAAAGCCCUAUCUAUGCGCGUGAAAUUCGUCUUUCAAGCCCAGAACCUGAGCUGGUCUUCACUCUGAACGAGCUUUCUACUUCUGGUUCCGUUUGCCACGAGCUUGAGCUGCAACAUUCUUUGCCAUCGGAUAAUCCUCAGUGUCCUCUUAUAGGCGUCGAUGAUAGUACCAAGGAAGACUCACUACCACCAGUCGUGACCUCAACUUCACACGACUUCCCUUUCAACAUCAACGAUUGGCUCGCUGAGCGCACUGUCGCUGAUUCAAGCACUUGCAGCUGUUCACCAGAAAUCACCUUGGUUGACGAAAGUGCUGAAGCAUUCUCUCCCUCAGAGUUCGUGAAGGAAACUCUCGACUCUCUCGACUGCAACUACGACGAUUUCAUCAACUUCACGGAUGAAGACGAAUCGGUUUCUUCCCUUAAUAGCGUUCCUGAUGUCCCUGUUACUCCUAUGAUCAAGAUGGAGCAAGCGUCCGAACGACAGCAGUUCUAUGAUCUUGUCAGCGCCUCAUUCGACUCAGCUCAACCCGCGAUCCAGCAAGCCAUUUCAAAUCUUUGGCAAGAGGACACAGAAUUCCAGUCUACUUCCAUUCACCCGGUCAGGUCGACCAUGUCCUCGUCUGCCCACCUGUCGGAAUGGAACUUGUGCUCGGCUCCUCUGGUAUCGGACUCCGCAUCGUCUAUUGUUUCAGCGCCACCGAAGUUCCAGUCUCCCGUAUCUUCUUCGGGGCAGACGGAACUAUCGCCUUUCAGUUAUCCUUACAAUCCCAAUCAUCACCAGACGGGCGACCGAUGCGCGUACAGUUACCCGAACGAAAAUCACUUCUACCGCAACGAUAGAUUCUUCGUCCAAUCGACUACCCAAGGACCAAUAUAUCAGUCCAGAACAUACCUCCCGCGACCAAGCCGUCUCAGAGCCACAUCAGCAGGAGGGGGUAUCUGA